AGAGAGAGAGAGAUAGAGAGAGAAAACGCCGCUCGUGUUUUAAUUCUCUUUUUUAUUUUUUUCUCCUCUUUCACUAGUAUCUUUCUGUAACGGACAUUCAGAAAUGGUGGAUGGGGCUCAGCCGGCGGACGCCGUGAUGUCGGAUGCGGAGCCACAACCGCCGCCUCCGGCAGAUCACAUACCUGCGGUUCUUAGCCACGGCGGACGAUUCAUUCAAUAUAACAUAUUCGGCAACAUCUUCGAGGUCACCUCCAAAUACAAACCCCCAAUCAUGCCCAUCGGAAAAGGCGCAUACGGCAUCGUUUGCUCGGCUCUGAAUUCCGAGACGAAUGAGCAUGUGGCGUUGAAAAAGAUAGCGAAUGCUUUUGAUAAUAAAAUCGAUGCGAAGAGGACUCUGCGUGAGAUCAAGCUUUUGCGUCACAUGGAUCAUGAAAAUGUUGUCGCAAUCAGAGAUAUAAUUCCACCUCCGCAAAGGGGAGCGUUUAAUGAUGUUUACAUAGCUUAUGAGCUUAUGGAUACUGAUCUUCAUCAAAUUAUCCGUUCUAACCAAGCUCUGUCAGAGGAGCACUGCCAGUAUUUCUUGUAUCAGAUCCUCCGAGGGUUAAAAUACAUACAUUCGGCCAGUGUUCUGCAUAGGGACUUAAAACCUAGCAAUCUUCUCCUGAAUGCAAAUUGUGACCUAAAGAUAUGUGAUUUCGGAUUGGCACGAGUCACGUCUGAAACUGACUUUAUGACAGAAUAUGUUGUUACAAGGUGGUAUCGGCCACCCGAACUUUUGUUAAACUCAUCUGAUUACAGUGCCGCUAUUGAUAUAUGGUCAGUGGGGUGCAUUUUCAUGGAACUGAUGGACCGGAAGCCAUUGUUUCCGGGUAGAGAUCAUGUGCACCAGUUACGUCUGCUUAUGGAGCUAAUUGGCACCCCCUCAGAGGCUGAGCUAGGUUUUCUGAAUGACAACGCAAAAAGAUACAUCCGACAACUUCCUCCUUAUCGCCGACAAUCAUUCAUCGAAAAGUUCCCUCAUGUUCACCCUCUUGCUAUUGAUCUCGUUGAGAAGAUGCUCACUUUCGAUCCUAGGCUGAGGAUUACAGUGGAAGGUGCAUUGGCUCAUCCGUACCUGAACUCACUCCAUGACAUCAGCGACGAGCCUGUCUGUACGAGCCCGUUUAACUUUGACUUUGAGCAGCAGGCACUGACUGAAGAACAGAUGAAGGAUCUGAUUUACCUAGAGUCUCUUGCUUUCAAUCCAGAAUAUCAGCCCAUGUGAAGUGUUCGUAGCUCCCGAUUUCCGAUAAUGCUAAUGUGGUACUCAGGUUGUAUGUAAUCCCGAUUGAUGAUUGCAUGUAUAUUAAUUUAUUUAAGUCAUAAAAACUAGAUUUCGACAUUAUAUUUUUUCUUUUUUUGUUAGAACCUGCAUCUGCACUCUGUGGCCAGGUAUUGGGUGGUGUGUGCUAACUAGGUCGAGGAAUAAACUCGAUAUGUGGCUUGCCUUGUAUUUUCCCUAGUGAAUUUUAAUACUAUACAUUUUCUGAUAAAUCGAAAAUCAUAGACUAACACCCGA